AUGUCCCCGGAAGCGGCGGACCAACUUACAAGGCUGGCUGACGAUUUUGCUGGCGCCCGCGUGCUGCACGUGAACAGCACUGCUAACGGAGGCGGCGUGGCCGAAAUCCUGCACUCUUUGGUACCGUUGAGCAACGCCUUGGGGAUCACUACCGAGCGGGCAGUUAUCGUUCCCGACGACCCGGCGUUCUUCACCGUAACCAAGCGCAUUCACAACAUGCUCCAGGGAGCCGACGGAGAACUCUCCGCCGCCGAACUCGACAUCUAUUACGGCUGUUUAAAUCAGGUCGCUUGUGAAAUCGAACGCACCGGAUUGUCGGCUGACGUCUGGUUCCUGCACGAUCCGCAACUCCUGCCUCUGGGACGCUUGAUCAAACAGUGCCAGGGCGCCACCCGAAUUUGGACAGUCCACAUCGACCUGACGCAUCCUAACCCUUGGCUGUUGGACGAACUCCUCCCGCUGACCGCCGCGUACGACACGUUGAUAUGCUCCUUGGGGCAAUACGUGCCCAGCGCUUUGCCGUCCAAUGUGGGAAUUCACAUCGCUCCGCCGGCUAUCGAUCCUCUCACUUGCAAGAAUGCUGCCAUGCCUGGUGAACGAGCCCGUGAGAUUGUUGCGGCCCUGGGGAUAGAUUCGGCUCGACCUUUGGUGACGCAGGUUUCGCGCUUCGACGUUUGGAAAGACCCUUGGGGUGUCGUGGACGCUUACCGUCUGGCCCGCGGCUCCCACCCUGGUCUGCAGUUGGCGUUGCUUGGGUUGAGCCAGGCCAACGACGAUCCGGAAGGGCGCCGACGUGCUGCGAUCCGUACGCGAGUACGCCGGCCGCGACCCGGACAUCCACCUGUUCUUUAA